GUGGCGCCCGUGGGACAACUGUACCUGAGACUGCUGCGCGAGGUCACGCCGUGGCGGAACAGCCUCCUUCACUGUGAAAUCACUGCCCCGAGCCAUUUCCUACAAGCCUUAAGGAAGCUUCCUCUCAGAGCCUUUUCUACAAAUGCCAGAAAAGUCCACACUGCCCCUGCUCGAACCAUUUUCCGGCUGCGCCCACUUCGCUUACUGUUUGUUACAGGUGGAGGGUAUGCAGGUUACCGGCAGUAUGAGAAGUACAAGGAGCAAGAGCUGGAGAAGCUGGGAUUGGAGAUUCCGCCCAAACUCGCUGGUUACUGGGAGUCUGAGUGGCUGGAGCCCGAGCCUCCGCCCGCCAACCCAAGGCUUCCGCGGAGGAGCGGCACCUCCCCGAGUCCGCUGCGCCAGGAAGCCGAUUGAGACGGGGCCACCUGCCGCCCUGACUCUACCCUGCGCCUCUGAGCCAAGGAAGCAGCCCACCAGCCACCGAGAAGCAGUGACAGCACAGGAGCUCCUCUGGGGGGAAGGGAGGAAGGAGGAGGAACAAAGGCGAGCGUGCUGGCACCGCCCUCCCAGCCCGCCCACCAUGUGUCAGUCAGAGGCACGGCGAGGACCGGAGCUCCGAGCAGCGAAAUGGUUGCACUUCCCCCAGCUGGCCCUGAGGCGGAGGUUGGGACAGCUGAGCUGCAUGUCCAGACCUGCCCUGAAGCUGCGCUCCUGGCCCCUGAUGGUCCUCUACUACCUCCUGCCCUUCGGUGCCCUCAGACCGCUCAGCCGGGUGGGAUGGAGGCCCGUGAGCAGGGUGGCCCUGUACAAAUCGGUGCCAACACGCUUGCUGUCACGGGCCUGGGGCCGCCUCAACCAGGUGGAGCUGCCCCACUGGCUACGCGGGCCCGUCUACAGCCUGUACAUCUGGACCUUUGGGGUGAACAUGAAGGAGGCUGCCGUGGAGGACCUGCACCACUACCGCAACCUCAGCGAGUUCUUCCGUCGCAAAUUGAAGCCGCAGGCCCGACCCGUGUGUGGCCUGCAUAGCGUGAUCAGCCCAUCAGAUGGGAAAAUCCUCAACUUUGGGCAGGUGAAGAACUGUGAGGUAGAGCAGGUGAAGGGGGUCACCUACUCACUGGAGUCGUUUCUGGGCCCACGUACCUCUGCAGGGGACCUGCCUUUCUCACCAGACACCUCCUGCAGCUCCUUUAAGAACCAGCUGGUCACCCGAGAAGGAAACGAGCUCUACCACUGCGUCAUCUACCUGGCCCCUGGGGACUACCACUGCUUCCACUCCCCUACAGACUGGACUGUGUCCCACCGGCGUCACUUCCCAGGCUCCCUGAUGUCUGUGAAUCCCGGCAUGGCCCGUUGGAUCAAAGAGCUCUUCUGCCACAAUGAGCGGGUAGUCCUGACUGGGGACUGGAAACAUGGCUUCUUUUCGCUGACAGCCGUGGGGGCCACCAAUGUGGGCUCCAUCCGCAUCUACUUCGAUCGGGAUCUGCACACAAACAGCCCAGAGUAUAGCAAGGGCUCCUACAACGACUUCAGCUUCGUGACGCACGCCAACAAGGAGGGCAUCCCCAUGCGCAAGGGCGAGCACCUGGGCGAGUUCAACCUGGGUUCCACCAUCGUGCUUAUCUUCGAGGCCCCCAAGGACUUCGACUUCAAGCUGAAAGCGGGACAGAAAAUCCGAUUUGGAGAGGCUCUGGGCUCCCUCUAGAGCAACUUUCCUGGCUUCAGCUAGAGGGAUUUUUUCCAAACAGAAACAGGGGGGUCUCUUUGAGGAGAACCUCCGUGGCUAUCCAGAGAGGGGACUCUCGGGGCCAUGGGGUCUGACCAGGCAGGACCUGGGUGACUUCUGUUCCUGCUAUCCCAGAGGUGCAGAUGAGGAAGUCAGAGCCCUUACUCUACCCUAGACCUACUGCAUCCCCUCUUCCCACCCUAAAGAGAAAGUUAAGUGCCAGGAUGAUCUCAAAUUCCCUUUUGGAGGUUUUAACCUCUGUUGUAUAAACUGGAGACCCUACGUCUCCUGGCUAAGCAUUCAGUUGGUCUGGUUUCCGUUUAAGACGGUAAGUGGUAAUGUACCUUCUUGCUGCUCCUCCCAUAACUGCUUUUGGUCUACCCUGCAUGGGGUGCCUCCUGGCACUGACUGUGGGCCUGUCCCAAAGCAGGGCCUUUAAUGCAACCACUUUCUGUUCCCAAAUUCACUCCACCCUACUCAUGGGGAAAAGCUGUCUUCACUCUUGUGGCUGAAUGUAUCACCCAACUGCCAGCGUCUUCUGAGGAUGGUGACUAAUGGUGAGGCACAUUGCAGACCCUGAUGAGAGUGACCUGGAGCUGGCAAGUUCUUUUCGGCAGGCAAGACCGAUUACUGAAUCCAUUUGAAUGAGACAGGCACAGUGGUGGCUGAGCUAGGCCAGGGAGAGCUUAUAUCCCCUCCCCCAGAUCUAGACCUAUGUUAAAUAUGGGAAAGUUGCUGCUAUUGAUUCAGGGGCUUCUGUUGGUGGCAGAGGACCCUUGGUAUAUUGGGUUGGGUGGGGAGGCAGGGUCAGUGCCUAGAAAACCUGUCCCCAGGUGUGUAGGCCUUAGGAAGCCACUGAUGAUGGGGACAAGGCCAGGUUCACGUCUCCUGGGGACUCUGUGAAUUUCUCCUGCAGGAGAAGCCAUUUGAACUUUUUCAACUGUAUCAGUAGCACAGUAUUUUUGUAUGAAAAGUGGGAGACUUCUGAACAGUAAUUCAUUUAAUUGCAACAUUUUGAAAUAAAAAAAUAAAACAUUUUA